AAAUUAUACAAAAGUAAGUUUUAGAAAGCAGAGAGUUCAACUAGGAAGCAUCAUCGAAACGCGGUCUCCAUAACCAGACAAACCAAUUCACCCGCCAUAGUCGCACAGCUCCCACCACCACCAACAAUGGCAGUGACGGACUUCUUCGUCGGAGAGAUCAUCACGGAGCUCCUGAGAACCUUAAUCGCCAUCUCCCGCAAAUCAUGCCACAGCAGAGGAACCGCCGAGGAACUCAAAUCCUUAGUUGAGCAGCUCUUCCCCAUAAUCCAAGAAAUCAAGUACUCCGGCGUCGAGCUACCGGCCGAACGGCAGUCCCAGCUCGACCGCAUGUCGGAAGUUCUCCAGAACGGCCUCGAAUUGGCCCGAAAGGUCCACGCGACACCGCGCUGGAACUUUUACAGGCACGUCAGAUUGGCGAAAAAGAUGGAGGCUUUCGAGAAGACAGUGUCCAGAUUUCUUCAGGGCCCAUUACAGGUCCAUAUCUUGGCCGACGUCCACCACAUAAGGGCGGAGGCGGAUCAGCGGUUCGACCGGCUUGAUUGGUCGAACCGGAUGCUGGAACAGCGGCUUGGGACUUUAAAGAUUGGGACUUGCGGAGGCGGGGGUGUCGGUGGCGGGUGGAUGGAGGAGGCUGUGAGGAGGGUGGAGGAGGAAGGGCAGAUGAAGUGGGAGGUGAGCAGUUCUGUGGUGUUGGGAUUGGGGGUGGGGAUGAAGACGGUGAAGGGAAUGAUUUUUGGGAGGGAGGAUUUGAGGGUCGUUGGAAUUUGUGGGAUUGGUGGCUCUGGAAAAACCACUCUCGCUAGAGAGCUUUGCAAGGAUGAUCAAGUUAGAUCUUAUUUCAGUGAGAGAAUUCUGUUCCUGACGGUAUCACAGUCUCCAGAUGUGAACCAGUUGAAGGCCAAGAUUGUGCAGUUCAUCAUGGGGAACCAAGUUCUCAGUCCCAAUUCUGUGCUUCCCCAAUGGAACUUGCAAUACGAGUGGAUCACCCCAACGAAAACUCUGGUGGUUUUGGAUGAUGUGUGGUCACUGGCAGUGCUUGAGCCGCUGCUCUUUAACAUCCCUGGCUGCAAGUUUCUUGUGGUCUCACGUUUCAAAUUCCCAAACGUUCUCGAUGCCACUUAUGAUGUUGAGUUGUUGAGGGAAGAAGAAGCACUCUCUCUGUUUUGUCACUCUGCUUUUGGCCAAAAGUCGAUUCCUCCGGCUGCUGAUAAAAAUUUGGUCAAGCAGAUUGUUAACGAGUGCAAGCGGCUUCCUUUGGCUCUCAAAGUGAUUGGAGCUUCAUUGAAGGACCAGCCUGAAUUGUGUUGGGCAAAUGCAAGGAGCAAGUUGUCGAAAGGGGAAGCUUUUUGUGAGUCCCAUGAGAACAAUCUACUUAAACGUAUGGCAACGACUCUUGACUGCUUAUCCAAAAAAGUUAAAUCAUGUUUCUUGGAUUUGGGUGCGUUUCCAGAAGACAAGAAGAUCCCUCUUGAUGUCCUUACCAAUAUGUGGGUUGAAAUACAUGGCAUCGACGAAGAAGAAGCGUUUGCUAUUCUUGUUGAGCUUUCAAACAAAAAUCUCCUCACCCUGGUGAAAGAUGCAAGAGAUGGAGACAUAUAUAGCAGUUGCUAUGACAUAUCUGUUACACAACAUGAUGUGCUGAGGGACCUUGCUCUUCAUUUGAGCAGUGAUGGCAGCGUGAACGAACGCAGUCGAUUGCUUAUGCCAAGAAGAGAGACUGAACUUCCAAGAGAAUGGGAGAGGGAUUCAGAUCAGCCAUUUCACGCGAAGAUUGUAUCAGUUCAUACCGGUGAAAUGAAAGAGAUGGACUGGUUCCAGAUGGAGUUUCCCAAAUGUGAAGUGCUGAUUUUGAAUUUUUCAUCAGAUGACGAGUACCUUCUUCCUCCUUUCAUUGAAAACAUGCCAAAGUUGAGGGCAUUGAUAAUCAUGAAUUACAGUACGUCAAAUUGCAUCCUAAAUGGCUUUUCAGUCUUCUCAAACUUAACCAACUUGAGAAGCCUCUGGCUCGAAAAAGUAUUUGUCCCUCGGUUAUCUUCAAUCCCCCCGAAAAAUCUGAGGAAAAUCUAUAUAAUCCUAUGCAAGAUCAGUAAUAGCCUUGAUCAAUCCACCUUUCCUCGGCUGACAGAGCUCACAAUCGAUCAUUGCGAUGACUUAUUCCAGCUGCCUUCGUGCAUUUGCGCAAUGCCUUCGCUCAAGAACUUGAGCGUAAGCAACUGCCACAGCCUAUACCAGCUCCCAGCUGAUUUGGGAAAGCUGCAAUCUCUACAGAUCCUAAGGCUAUAUGCGUGUCCGGCACUGCAGACACUUCCAGCCAGCAUUUGCGAGUUACUUCGCUUGAAGUACAUUGACAUUUCCCAGUGUGUAAAUUUGAGAUGCCUUCCCAUGGACAUUGGUAAACUACCAAGUUUGGAAAAGAUUGACAUGAGAGAAUGUUCACAAAUUAGCAAUCUACCGAAAUCCGCUGCAAUUUUACAGUCUCUUCGCCUCGUAGUGUGCGACGAGGAUAUUUCUUGGAUGUGGAGAGACGCAGAGAAGGCAUUGCCGGAGCUUCAUGUUCAGGUGGUGGAGAAACAUUUCGAUCUGGACUGGCUCGAUGAAUGAGCAAAUUGUUGCACCAUUACCAAUAUUAAUUUGUAUGGAUUUUGAUGUAAAUGGUGAAUCAUUUGUUCAUAUGAAGUUAAAUAAUAGGAAUUGAGAUCCUCUUCAGAUUUC